GGGAUUUCGGAAGAGAGUCGCACAGGGUAUGAAAGUCGCGGUCCAUGCUAGGUGUGCAACAUAGCCUUCAUAUAACAAGUACCUGCUCACAAUGUCGACGGAGUACAAAGAGAUGGUGUGGCAUCUCCUUUAUCGCUCGACGCGUGCAGACGAGAAGCAACAAGAAGGUGGCUCCCCUCGGAAGGAUGUGUCUGCAGGGGAUGACGACAAAUUGGACGGAAAUCAGAUGAAGACCGAGUUCGAGGAGCAAGAGAACAGCAAGCAAGAUCAAAAUGUCGGUGAUGCGAAACAGGAAUCGACGUGUGAGGUUCGGGCAGUGGUACGCGGCCCCAUGGCCAGUGGAUUAACGGAUGAGACAUUGGUGUCGAUAGUGAUCAACGCGGUCAAGAGCGGCCGCACCACGCAAGUCAUCAACCUAGACGAUUUCCCCGGAGACACAACGACCCUGAAAGCGGACGAAGACAAGAACAAUGCAGGGCCUGAGCCUGUCAAAAGCACGAGCACGAAAGGAGUGCCAAAGAAGAUGGCGGCGCCUCACUCGACUUAUACAAAUGCGAACCCUGGCAAGCACCAUCGGCCCAGCUCUGCACGAAGAGCGUGUUGCUUUUGCACCGCGAAGAAGCUAGCUUGUAGCGGAGGUCUCCCCUGUCACCUGUGCGCCACUCGUGGUAUCACCUGCGAGUACGUGGAACGGAAGCGCCGACAACAGCCUCACGUGCCCAAAGUCAUCAAACGGGCCACACCCGGGGAGGAGCCCGUAACCGCCGCUGUUUUUCGGUCUAGGCCCUCCGACCCCUCCUCUCUGUCCCCGUCAGACUCGUCGGCCAUCCCUGCACCCAGGCAAUCUCCCCCACCCUCUUCCCAAUCCGGUGGGCCCCGGCGUGGCGCCAAGAGCACACCGGCACCCGCGACGGCGGCUCCGCUUCCCUCCCCUUGGCCACCCGCGCCGGCCCCCCGAGGUCCCUCGCAACCUAUGCUACCAUCUGCUCCCAUGGCGGAAACAGAACGCGCGUACUGGCAUGCCAUGAACCCGUCCAUGUUUCCCCCCUUUGGGAUGGGCGGGGGAGGGGGGGGAGUCCCCCCCCACCCUAUGCAUUUCGCGGCGGAGCGAGCGCACGGACUUGCCAUGCCGGCGUCCAACUCGGGCACGUUCAGGAUGAGCAUGGCUUCCCCCCCUGGCGCCAACGCCGCCGGUGCCCAUACGGGCCCUCUGGCCAAUACCAGCGGCUACACCCAUACCAACUGGCAGCCCUCGCCCGGCCUUGGCAUGCCUGGGGCCGGCCCUGGAGAUUCCUGGGCCCCUCUCCACCCCGCUUGCAAUGACAUCCGCUUCCCACAAAUGGGGACCAACGGAGCGGGCGCCAUGUGGCAGGUUCCUUACCCCAACUAUCCCCCUGCGCAAUAUUUCCAGGCUGCGCCGCCCCAGGACGAAAUGCCGGUCCCUCGGGAGGUCAGGAUGCAGUCGAUGCCACCAGGUCCGGACAGAUUGGGAGCCCUGGCAGCGGUGUCGGCGGAAAUGGGGGGGAAUGGACAGGCCAAGGGUCCUGUUGGAGGGCAAAGCACCGACGCUGGUGACGUGGAUCGUGGCGCGAAAGGAGAGGAAGGGGAUCGAGUGAAGGAGGGGCAAGGGGCUGGUGAGAAUGGAUCUCGGCGAGUGAGCAUCGAAGGGAACUUGGCCUCAAGCAGAAAACGACCGCUCCACGAGGAAGGGGAGGACAUAGACGAGGGAGGAAGGCACAGGGAAAGUACGCAAUUGUGCGAUGACGGGUCGAAGGGGGUUGGGAAGAUGGGAAGGCGGGACGAGGCGAGCAGGAAAGGCCAUGAAAAGGGUGAGUAGGGUAGGAAAGCGAUACAGACUCGACGGACGCAACAUGGCUGAAGCGGUAAUCGAACAGGUGAGGGGGAAGAAACCAGCAUCGCACCAGCCAACCAGGAGAAGAAGGGAACAGUGCAGGGAUGUACUGCAGCAUGAGCAGAGGCAGCAACCGGUAAUCCUCGCGUCCGAGCUAUCAGGCUGACAUGGUAGGCUUGUCCAGCGACAUUGAUAGGUAUGCGCGUCCUGGCAUCUGUCCUUCAUCACAUCAGAUGUAUACGAGCUUCGGACACAAAUAAAAAGAAAAACCGACUAAAUUUUCG